AUGCGGAUAGAGACGUGUUAUUUCUGUUCGUCACCGAUUUAUCCGGGUCAUGGUAUUCAAUUCGUUAGAAACGACUGCACCGUGUUCAAAUUUUGUCGAUCAAAAUGCAACAAGCUUUUCAAAAAGAAGAAGAACCCGAGGAAACUGAGAUUCACUAAAGCUUCUCGUCGAGCUCGUGGAAAGGAGCUUGUGAAUGACGUCACUCAGAUGUUGGAGCAGCGGCGGGAUGAGCCGGUGAAAUACGAAAGAGAGUUGUUCAAGAACACCGUAGAAGCAGCCAAAACAAUUUCAACUAUCAAACAUAAAAGAUAUGCGAACUUAAUCCGCAAGUCUUUACAACCUGGCAAGAUUGUAAAGAAGGCUGGUAUGAUCAAGAAGGCUGAGACCAAGCUUCAUCUCAUUCGUGCCCCAGUCGCCACCAAAGAACCCGUCACACAGAAGCAAAAGCAGAAAGAACAAGCUAUGGAACUCAACUAA